GUAAGACAAGGUAUGUAAGAGUUAAGCACAGAAUAGUACAUUCCUUUUGGUUUCUUGUUUCUUACUGGUUUGCUUAUGUUUUCUUGCAGUUAGAGUGAGGCAGGAGUAUCUUCACAAGGGGUUGGAACCAUCAAACACAUGUGGCUCCUUGCACUGAUUUCAUAAUCAUCUUUUUAAAUAUUAGCAGUCAGUUAAAAAUUAAACACAAGCUGCAGACAGAAAAGAAAUCUGGAAAAGAAAUUCUACAUGUACAGACAACUCUCCACCAUGAAACUAUUAAUAGCUUUUGCAUUUAGUUUAAGCCUAUCACUUUCUAUUUUUGGAAUCAAGCAAGACUCAUAUCUGAUAGAAGACUGUGUAAACCAGAAGUAUACUCACAAUUCUUGUGAAAAAGUUUUUUGCGAGCCAUGGCAGAAAUGUGUACGGGGUGCCUGUGUCUGUAAGCUACCCUAUCAGUGUCCCAAAAAUGGCACUAUGGUUUGUUCUUCUGACCGUAUGAAGUUUCCAAAUUACUGUUCUCAAAAGAGCUUUGAAUGCAGACAUCGAAGGAGCAAAUUUGUGCACAGAGGCAUUUGUAAUGAGCAAGAGAGUUUUCACAUUUUCUUGGAUUCUGGAAAUGCAUCAUUUGAGGGAAGUGGAUUUAAACCAUCAGAGGGAAUGGUUCAAGUCAAAGUGAAUCAGUUCCAGAAGACAUUUCUCUGUGGACAUGGAUGGACUAUAAAUGAAGCUAAUGUAGCCUGCAGAGACCUUGGUUUUCCAGCAGGGGCUGUUUCCACGGAGGCGGUUGUGCCAUCCAAUCUCUCCUCAGAAUGCAUUACAGCAACGUGCCGAGGGAUAGAGAUGACCCUAGCCGAAUGUGCUUUAACUAGACUGAAUCAGACCAGCCUGCCCUUGGCAAAGGUGGUGUGCCACCAAUCCAAUAGAGAGUGCUUCCCUGGAGAAUUCCUUUGCGUCAAUAGAAAAUGUAUCCCUUCAGAGAAAACAUGUGAUGGGAUCGAUGACUGUGGAGACUUAAGUGAUGAAGUCUGCUGCAGAGCAUGUCGGGCAGGCAGCUUUCACUGCCACUCAGAUGUCUGCAUUCCAGAGUCCUACCGCUGCAACAACGAAAAAGACUGCCUAACAGGAGAAGAUGAAAGUCGCCGAUUUUGUGAUACCAGACCUAAGGGAAGGGAAAUAGAAGUAACAAAAGAAGCUGAGCAGUCCAUGGAUGAAGAAAGAAGAAAGUUUAAAACAUUUUUACCUCAGCUACACUGCGGCAUUUUAAACCGCACAGUUACUCGUCGGAAACGAAUCCUAGGUGGAUUUACUGCAGAAAAGGAUGAAUUUCCAUGGCAAGUAGCAAUUAGAAGUGAAACACAAAAAGUGAGCUGUGGUGGAGUUUAUAUUGGUGGCUGUUGGAUUUUGACUGCUGCUCACUGUGUCAGGUCAAGCCGCAGGCAUCUUUAUCGGAUAUGGACUGGAAUGCUAAACACGGUGGAGAUGAAUACUGGAAUAGAUACAUUUCUUUUAGAUGACAUAAUAGUCCAUGAAAAUUAUAAUUCCAAAACAUAUGAAAAUGACAUUGCUUUGCUGAAGCUGACACCUAAGAACACCAACCCUCCAUGUACUCCACCUGGUUCCGUCCCAGUAUGCAUUCCCUGGUCAAAAUACAUGUUCAAAGGUGGUUCCAAGUGCAAAGUGUCUGGCUUUGGACUUGCUGAAGGUUUUACAAAACAAUUUGCCCUUAAGUGGGGCCGCAUUUCUAUAAUGGAGAACUGUUCUGAUAUCUACAAGGGCCGGUAUUUUGAAGGAAUGGAAUGUGCAGGUACAUAUGAUGGCUCUGUAGAUUCCUGUAAAGGUGACUCAGGAGGACCUUUGGUUUGUUUUGACGCCGAUAAUGUAGGAUACCUUUGGGGUAUUGUGAGCUGGGGUGAAAACUGUGGUGAAAGAGGACACCCUGGAGUUUAUACAAAAGUGGCCAAUUAUUUUUCUUGGAUUAGCCAUCACACUAAACUGAAUUUCUUGCCUUGACAGAAUGUCUGAGUUUUGGAAUGGAAAUAUUCCUUCUUUCUGCCUUGUAAUAACACCAUAUAAUGAUUGGCUAGAAAACUAGGAGCUCCAUCCAGCCAAAGUUAAACAUUUUAAAUCUCAUUAGUUGUGAUAGGAGCAAUGUUCAUUGCAAUCCUAAGCAUGUUCCCAAAGUAAGUCAUGGUGAAUUCAGUGGGGCUUUCCUUCAAGUAAGGGUAUAUUGUAUUGGAGCCUUAAGCUAGUUGAAAUCCAUGGUACUUACCUCUAUCUGAAUUAUGCCUUGGAGGAUCAGCACUUAGUUAGGACUUGCAAAAUUUUGCAUUUCAAUAGUUUGAAAAUUCUGUUGGUCUUUUAUGCACAGCUCUUGUAUGUUUCCUUGUACUUAGACAAUAUGCACAAAUAAAAGCGAUCUUCCCAUCAAA